AUGCUAAAAGUUGAAGGAGUGCAGUCGAUAAAGGUAAAUGCAAAGGAAGGGACGAUAGAAGUGACGAGCGAGAUCGACCCACAAGUGCUUAUAGAAAUGGCAGCUAAAGCCGGCAAAAGAGCAGAGCUUUUGUGGGAUCCUGAACCAGAGUCUUCUGAAAACAUUCCGACGCCGACUCCUCCUAAACCGGAAUCUUCUGAAAACAUUCCGAUGCCGACUCCUCCUAAACCGGAAUCUUCUGAAAGCAUUCCGAUGCCAACUGCUCCUCCUUCGCUCGCCAUGUCAUCAACAGACCUGGCCAGCGGAUGUCAGGUCCAGGUCAGCAGCUUUGACCACACAGUAUAUAUCCAGGACUUGGUUGAUAAAAAACCUCGUGGGAUCAAACAUUUGGAGAUCAUUGACAAGAGGGUCACCAAAAUUACGUUUAAGGAGCCCCAUGAUGAUCCCGGCGCCGACCACUCACGGGACUCACCGUCUCCUAUCGCACCACCGUCCGCUGACUCUAAGGGCAGCGGUGGUGGAGAAGCCAACAGUUCGGAUCAUUGUGGUAAUGUUGAGGUGGUUGCGGCUCCUGCUGAACCACCGUAUUCAAUACCGCCCGAGUUUAGCGAUGCUCCUUGUAAUAGCAAACUGGUGGAACCUCCGGUUGCUUAUGUGAAUUGUAGCAGCGGAGGGAAUCGUUGCCGUGUGAUGUAA